AUGAAACUCGCCCUUCUCAUCGCCUUGGCGCUGGCGCCGCCGGCCUUGGGAGUGAAGUUCCAGGGCGCCCUGCGCGAGAAGAGGACGGAAUGCAAGAUUUUCGCAAUGUGGGACUACCAUGCCGGAAAGGUGCCGUUCUUCAUCCAAAAGGACCUGGAGUCCUGGGCCCUUCAUUCCCACGGCCGCUGUGGAAGCCCUGUGCUCAUCAACGACACCAACAUCGCUCAGUACAUCCCAGAUCUUCCAGAAGAGUAUUUCAGGCUGCCGGACCACGGAUCACGGUCGGAUGUGAUCCGCUAUGCUUUGAUCUAUCAUCAUGGAGGCAUCUACAUGGACACCGACAUCUUGGUCCUCAGAGACUUGAACGAGGUGCUGGACAAGGUUGCCGACGACUACGACCUGAUCUCCUAUGCUCAGAAGAAGAGCUGCAAGGCCUUCAGCUCCAACUUCCUUGCCGCCCGCAAGGGCAGCAGCUACAUGAAGGAAGUCUGGGAGGCGCAGAAGAAGGCAAUGACGAGUCACUGCGAGUCCCAUGACGACCGUGACACGAAGGUCUGCUGCCCAGCGGACCCCAAGCGCAAAUGCCACGUGCACUGGGGUGCUAUCGGUGAGAUGGUGUCUCAUCCAGUGUUCGACAAGUUUGCUGCCGCGAAUCCUUCAAUGAAGAAGCACUGCUUCGCAGAGGAGGAAGGCGAGUCCUUCGCUCCAGAAGGUAUGGGCACAGUCCUCUUUACCAAGCGGAAGCUCCAAGAUGCUUUGCCGUUCUUCACGAGCAUCAAGACAAAGAAGCCCAUGGAUCGACUGGCCUACCACCUCUUCAAUGCCCAGGGCUUUCAAAGGGAGUAUGCCGGCGGUGCCAUCUUCGACUCGGCUCUUUUCGUCGGUGCGCUGUAUCGGAAGAGCUUGGGAAAUUCCUCGGCACCGCCGAAGGGGCCUGCAGACGACGGCCCAGCCGAGUACUGCGCGUCGGAAGGUGAGAACUGCCCAUGCUCGGGGCGAGUCUUUUUUGGGCGGAAGUUCGACAACGACAAGGAUGGGGACAAGCUGGACUUGUCUGAAAUGGUCUUGCAACAGUAUCGCAUGAUGGAGGUCAACGGAGAUAUAGCCUGCACGACCUCCGGAUUCAUGGGUGAUCCCCAGAUCAAUCGUCCCAAGCAGUGCCUCUGCCAGGCCAUGAAGGGAGGCCCCGCGCCGCGCAGCCCAGCCGAGGACGGCCCAGCCACCAUUUGCGCAAACGAGGGCGAGAUGUGCGAGUGCGAAGGGAAAGCUUACUACGGCCGCAAGUUUUCCAUCGGCAAGGUGAUCAUCGACGCGCAGCAGACGUACCGCGAGGGUGUGAUGAAGCUGGAAGGUGUGGAGCCCGCUUUGGAGGAGUGCGCGGCUCUGUUGAAACGCGCCCGCGCAGAAGGUGCUACAGUGGUGCACAUCCAGCACGAUGCUGGGGAGGGUUCGCCGUACGACCUCACUCAACCCGUGGGUCAGAUCGCAGAGCCUGUUGCACCCGUAGCUGGAGAGGAGGUCAUUGUCAAGAAGGUGCCCAACUCCUUCCAUGACACGACUCUCCAUCAGUACCUCCAGGACAAGGGCGUUAAGUCCUUGGUGCUGUGCGGCUUCAUGGCUCACAUGUGCGUGAACUCUACAGCACGUGGUGCUUUCAACCUUGGCUACGCUUCCACCGUGGUGGCCAGCGCAACGGCAACACGUUCCCUGGCAGAUCCUAUCAGCGGUGAGCCUGUAGAGGCAGCUUUGCUGAAGAAGAGUGCGCUGACGGCCAUCUCCGACGUUUUCGCUGUCAUUGUGCCUACGGCUGACAAGCUGCCGUAG